CCCUAGGCGCGGCGUGGAGGCGGCGAAGUGACGGCGGGGCUUGAGGCAGCGCGCGGGCCCGGGGCUGGCUGGGGAGACCCUGCGGCCGCCAUGUGGGGCUGCGGCGGGCGGAGGCGGCGCCGGCUGGGAGCGUUACUGCUCCUGCUGCUGCUCGGGGGGCUGCUGCUCCGCAGGUUUAACUGGAGCAGUCUGGUCCCCCUGCAGCUGUGGGGCAGGACACUGGGCCUGCAGGCGGAGGAUUCGGAGUUCCGCCUUGAAGGCAUGCCCUUCCGCAUCUUAGGGGGCUCCAUGCACUAUUUCCGAGUCCCCAAGGAAUACUGGAGAGAUCGCAUGGUUAAGAUGAAGACAUGUGGCUUGAACACCCUCACCACGUAUGUGCCAUGGAACCUGCACGAAGCAGCGACUGGGAAGUUUGAUUUCAGCGGAAACCUGGAUCUAGAGGCCUUCCUUACCUUGGCAGCUGAAGUUGGACUGUGGGUGAUUCUGCGUCCAGGACCCUAUAUCUGCUCUGAAUGGGAACUUGGUGGUCUUCCCAGCUGGCUACUCCAAGACCCAGAAAUGCAACUGAGAACAACCUACAAGGGCUUCACGGAGGCUGUGGAUGCCUAUUUUGAUCACUUGAUGGCCAGAGUGGUCCCUCUUCAGUACAAGAAAGGAGGCCCCAUCAUCGCGGUGCAGGUGGAGAAUGAAUAUGGUUCCUACGCCAAAGACCCUCAGUACCUGACCUACAUUAAAACGGCCCUGUUAGACAGAGGGAUUGUGGAACUGUUGAUGACUUCUGACAACAGGGAUGGACUGUCCGCUGGCUACGUGGAAGGAGUUUUGGCCACUCUUAACUUUCAGAAGGAUUCCAGCUUCCUGGACUAUCUGGACACAGUACAGCAAAAUAAGCCGAAGAUGGUGAUGGAGUAUUGGACUGGAUGGUUUGAUAGCUGGGGUGGCCCUCAUAAUAUCUUUGAUGCAGAUGAUAUGGUGAAUUCUGUAGCAGAAGUCCUCAAAACAGGAGCAUCCAUCAAUCUCUACAUGUUCCAUGGGGGCACCAACUUUGGCUUCAUGAAUGGUGCUCUGGAUAGUGAUGAGUACAAGCCAGAUGUCACGAGUUACGACUACGACGCCGUGCUGACAGAGGCUGGAGACUACACGUCCAAGUUCUUCAAACUCCGUCAACUCUUCACCAAGAUCAUAGGGCAACCUCUGCCCCUCCCUCCUAUGAUCACAGGCAAAGCAUCAUAUGGCGCAGUCCUGCUGCCGCAGUAUGUCUCUCUCUGGGAGGUGCUGCCAUCUAUUGUAGAGCCCGUUAAGUCAGAGUUCCCGGUUAACAUGGAGAACCUACCAGUGAAUGAUGGCAACGGGCAGGCCUAUGGGUAUACGCUCUACGAGACAGUUAUAUCUGGCGGAGGACAGCUGCAUUCCAGGGAUAAUGUCCGGGACCGAGCACAGGUGUUUGUUAACACUGUGUUCGUUGGAUUCCUUGAUUACAACACCGUGGAGCUGUCAAUUCCCGAAGGACAGGGCUUCAGGCAGCUCAGGCUUUUGGUAGAGAACUGCGGGCGUGUCAAUUAUGGACUUAUGCUGAAUGAGCAGCGGAAAGGCUUAAUUGGUGAAGUCUUCCUGAAUAAAACCCCCUUGAGGAACUUCAAGAUUUACAGUCUGGAGAUGAAACCUGGCUUCAUGGAAAGCUUGCGAGGUGUUACUGCUUGGAGCACGAUCCCAGAUUACGCCGUGGGUCCCGCCUUCUUCCGAGGAAACCUGCAAGUGCAAUAUCUACCUCAGGACACUUUCCUGAAACUUGAGGGUUGGGAAAAAGGAGUUGUGUUUGUCAACGGAGAGAACCUAGGACGCUACUGGAAAAUCGGACCCCAGGAAACACUCUACCUCCCUGCAACUUGGCUGCAGCCUGGGAACAAUGAGAUUAUCGUUUUUGAAGAGCGCACCGCAGGCCGGAUCAUACAAUCUGUAGAUAUGCCUUAUCUAGGAAGGACCCACUAUAUGGACUGAGCAGGAGAACUGCCUCCCGUUGGGUUCAUCUUGGAUAUUCCUUGGUGUAUGUGUGGGGACACAUCAGUCCAAGUACAGACUGGCUUGUUAAUUUCCACUAGACCUGUGUAAAGGAUUUGCUCCCUGGCAACAAGUUUAGGGGAUAGACUUGGAGCACCCUGAGAGGUGAGUCCAUCACUUUCUCCCAGGACAUCUAGCUCUCCAAAUUCAAUAUGACAGCUGGCCGCCAGCUUGGAUCAGUGGCUGUGAUAUAAUGAGCAAUCCAAGGAUAACGAGUAAAUAGGGUAUUGUGGGGGAGGGAACCAUCUGAGAUGAGCCCAACCACUACCUGAGAUUAAGGCAUUCUAUGUGGGCAUCUCUUGUUUGAUUAAAAGGGGAGAGAAUUUGUGUGAUAAAUGAAAAAACUGGCUGAGGAAUGCUGUGCUGAGCUUUCAGGCAGAAUUGAAACAGCCUUUUUGUGUAGAGAAGGGGCUUGCUUUGUUCAGUUUUUGGAAUCCUGAUUGGAUGUUAACAGUUAAUUUUUAAUAUUCUGAGGUUCUCUUUUGUGGAAAAAAGACAACAUUUCUAAUGUUA